AUUUGCUUCUGUCAAAGAAAUGUUUGAUCCCGUUGUCAAUAAAAUUCUUGAAUUAAUUUUAGAUCAAUUAAAGGCUUCUAAAGAGAAAUGCUCGGCUAUAUUUUUGGUUGGAAGGUUUGCGAAAUCAGCAUAUUUGUUAGAUAAAUUUAAAGAAAAUUUUAGGUUUCAAGUAGACAACAUUUGCAUUCUGACAUUACCCAUUGCAGCAGUGAUCCGAGGAGCCUCAUAUUAUGAAUUAAAUGCCAACACAGUUAAAACACAUGUUCUUAAAUGGACUUUUGGAAUAGAAUGCUUUGCAAAGUGCGGUUCAAAAGUUGAUAUUAACGAACCAUUCUCUAAAGUAAUCUAUCCAGUUAGACCAAAUAAGAAAUCAGAGUUUAUUCUACUGCAUGCGUAG